AUGGGCUCGAUCACCACGCCAUCCUCCAAACGGACCGUCACGAGCGACGACAUCUCCACUCUCAAGUCCUUGCUGUCCUCGACAAACGCCACGGUCCUCACCCCCGACAAUUCCGCGGAGUACUCCGCGUCGAUCGCGCGUUGGUCCAGCGCGGCGCGGAAGCCAGCCGGCGUGGUCGUCGUGCCGACCACCGCGGACGAAGUCGCCAUCGUCGUCAAAUAUGCCUCGGACCAGGGCAUCGACCUCGCGGUCAAGGGUGGCGGGCACUCCACCGCCGGCGUCAGCAGCACGGACGGCGGCCUCCUGAUCGACCUGAACGCCAAGAUGCGGAACGUGACGGUCGACACGGACAAGAAACUGUUCUUCGUCCAAGGCGGCGCCGCGUGGGGGGACGUCGACCAAGUCGGGGCGCAGCACAAGCUCGCCACGCCCGGCGGCACCGUCGCAGACACGGGCGUGGGCGGGCUGACGCUGGGAGGCGGUUACGGGUGGCUGUCCGGCCAGCGGGGCCUCGUCAUCGACAACUGGGUGGAAGGCACCAUCGUGCUGGCUAGUGGCGAGAUCAAGAAAGUCAGCCCGCAAUCAGACCCCGAUCUGUUCUGGGCCAUCCAAGGCGCCGGGCAGAACUUUGGCGUCGUCACCGAGUUUGUCCUCAAGGCGUACGACCAGGGCGACGUCUUCGCGGGGAUGCUCAUCUACCCUCCCACGCCGGACGUGAUUGAGAAGGUCGUCGCCGCCACGAACGACCUGUACACGCCCAACAGCGAGGGGCGGACGAAGGUCGCGGGUCGGGGUGCCGGCGGCGUGGCUUUUGGCCGCCCGCCCCCUGCAGAGGGCAAAGUCAUGCUCAUGGCCGUGAUCAUCUACUUUGGCACGGAGCAGGAGGCCAAGGAGCUGUACAAGCCGCUGUACGAGGCCGGGCCCGUGGUCGACACCACAGCCAUGGUGCCCUACCCGGUGACCAACACGCUGUUGGCGCCGCCGAUCGGGCUUCGCGCCAGCAUGAAGGGCACGGCGUACACGAUGCCCAUCCGCGCGGGCUUUGUGGAGCAAGUGCUGGCCGAGUAUGCCAAGUUUACCGACGGCAACGACGACACGGGCGUCAGUCUGGUCUUGUUCGAAGUGUACGACCCCAGCCAGGUCGUCGCGCAUGAUGCCGGCAGUUUCGCCAACCGCGGAUGGCAUCUCAACGGCAUGGUCUGUCCGAUGUGGACCAAGGAGGAGAACGACCAACAAUGUCGCCAGUGGGCCAGGGAUAUGACUGGCCUGUUCAAGACCGAGUUGGAGAAUCAGGCCAAAGCGACGGGUAAGGGUGUUGAUGGAGGGGUUGGCCUCAGGGGCAAGAAAGGCGCGACGAUGCUUUACGGGAAUUACGAUCAAUACGACGAAAAGUCCCGAGACAUCUUCGGCGAGAACUAUCCGCGCCUACAGCAUCUAAAGGCGCAAUACGAUCCAGGCAAUGUCUUUAACAAGCUCUUCGCCAUCACGCCGCAGGCCUAG